GGCUGACGGGGCGUCCGUGCGUGCGCGCCUGCGCCAGCCUGCGCAGUCUCUCAGGAGUGCCCGUCGGGCGAAGCCGGCGGGUGCCAGCAGUAGCGGUGUGGCGUUGCGUUGCGGCCGCUCGCAACAACUGAUAACAGAGUGACCUCUUAUCUCUCUCAUCGCGUUUGGAUGUGACAUCUGCGCACGUCGAGCAAGGGCGACGAAUUCAGCAUUAGAUGUGAAGCGCUUUAAUCUGACGCAAAUGGACGAAUGCUGACCAGAAUGACGUCGCUAAGCACCAACAACGCUUUUUGCUUGGAGCGCGAUGAAGACUCUGGUGAUCUGGAUGUGAACCUGAAUGGACCCGUCGGGAUUAAAAGCCGCUGGAGUUAUGCGCAGCUGCACGUUCAAUCCAUGGGCAUCGACCUGACCAGCCAGCCUAUGCUCGAGCAGCCAGAUGGUGACAAUAACUUGCUCUCUGAGAAAGAGGUGGAUGAAGCAGAACAGCAGGAUCUGCCUGAAGGCUGGGAGCGCCACCUGGACGACGAUGGGCCCUACUAUUGGCACAUCCGCACUGGGACCAUACAACGCGAGCGACCGCUCGAGGGCACCACUCGCUCUCUCCCAACACCUGAAAGCCGGCCGCUGCUCCCACCGCCACCUGAGCCGCCGGCUGCUCAGCCACAGGAGGACUGCGUAGCUGGCGGCAGCAGCAGCAGCAGCGGGGAAGCAAUGCGCUUUGCUGUGCGUUCCCUCGGCUGGUCAGAGAUUCCCGAGAGUGAGCUGACUCCCGAACGGUCGAGCCGUGCACUGAAUCGCUGCAUUGUAGACCUGUCACUGGGCCGAGGCCUUGACGGUGUGGGCCGAUGGGGCGAGGGGCGGUCGCUGCUUCUGGAGCUGGACGGCUUCCAGCUUCGCCUGCUGCGGCCCCAGGAUGGCACGGUGCUCCACUGUCAGCCCCUGCAUGCCAUUCGCGUCUGGGGCGUUGGCAGAGACAAUGGCCGGUACUUUCACACUUGCUGCGUAGCCCGUGACAGUGGCACCCGGCGCUUCAUGUGCCACGUCUUCCGAUGCGACAUGCCAGCGCGCAUCAUUGCCAAUGCCCUGCGAGAUGUGUGCAAGAAGAUGGUGCUGGAGCGGAGCCUGUCAGAUCCGUCUGGCGACAAACGGGCAGCACCCACGGAGCCUCCGGCCAGGCGUGUGGGCUCUGCCCUGGACCGCCUCGCCAGCCUCUCAAUGGAGGAUGGUGUGGAAGGGGGCCUCCUGCGGCCCAUGGAGGAGCCGCGCAAGGUGCUGCGGGCCCUGUACCUGGGCAGCAUGCCUGUGGCGGCAGCCGCCGGCAUCGACCUGCUCAACGGGGCCAUUGACACCCUGCUCGAUCGCGUACCUCGCGCACACUGGCUGCCCGUACAGGUGGCAGUGGCCCCUUCGACAGUGACGGUGACACUGGAUCCAGCAGGCGGCGGGCGUGGCCAAGUGCUGGCCGAGUGUCGUGUUCGGUUCCUCUCGUUCCUCGGCAUUGGCAAGGAAGUCACGAAUUGCGGGUUCAUCGUGCACACAGCCCAGGACCAAUUCGAGGCACACGUGCUUCACUGCGAGCCAUCUGCGGGUGCACUCUGCAAGACCAUUGAGGCAGCAUGCAAACUGCGCUACCAGAAGUGCCUCGAUGCACACCGGCAAGCCAACAACUCUCCGCCUUCUCAGCAGCAGCCCACCAAGGCAUUGUCAUCACUCAAGGGAGUCCUGGGCAGCAUCGUGGGCCGUGCCAUGGGAGUCGUGCAACAAGUCUCUUGAAGCCUGGCUGUACUGGAGACCACUUUUGUUUAGCUCUGAGUUGAGCUUUCACUAUUUCUUUUGGCCCAGUUGCCCGAGCAGGCAUGCCUCCUAGUGCACGUGCGCUCGCUGUCGUGUGGCAAAGGUCCUUCUCUCUUCGUCUCUGGUCGAGGCUGCUGGGUCGGCCACUUGUAAAGCCAUUUGUUUGAAAAUUUCUUUUUGACGCAGCAUCUGAGAUCAGGCAGCUAGCCACAAUGCAGCUGCCAUGGCCACGUGGCAUUGCCGAGAGGGUGGGAGUUGACCGGGGCAGAAGGCAAUAGCAAUAUUGCACAGCUGGCACAUGUAUUACUGUGGUGUCUCUCGUAGUUUUAGACGCUUUAUCAGACGUUGAACUCGCAACGUGCACCGCCUUGCCCGUGACUUUUGGUCAUACGGUGGUACUAUGAGAUAGAUGCAAAAGACAAGCAUUCCAGACUCACGUCUAGGCACGACAACCGUCGAAGUCUCCAAUACAAGCUAGCACGCUGCCUGUAUGCGUGUAACUUAGUAUUGCUGCUGUCAAGAGCUGCAUGUCGGGCAUGGGCUUACCGUCUGUUCUACUUCCUCGCAAAGUGUCGACAUAUGUGACACUGUGCUUAUGUGAUUCAGUCCUUUAUUUAUUCAUUUUUUUUCUCACACCUCGGUGCCAUUGGGACCAGCUAAUGCUUAGCUCGCUUCCUGGCAGUCGGCGAUUAUAUACCCUGCCUCACAAUUUCUAUGCAAUGCUGCAGAAACUGUCCAGUGUGAUUUAGCACUCUUCUUUCUUCUUCCCUGCGCAGUAAAGCUGUUGUGCAUUCAAAACUCGUGCAGUUUAUGGUUGGCUGCCAGUUGCACUAGUGCCAUUACUACUCUUCUGUGAAAUGGGAAGGCCAUGUAAGGCCGAACUACCACACUAAGCAGUUGGAUGUUGGACGACCCCUGGGAUAUCAAGAUGAGCUACAUUUCAACAACGUAAUAAUAGUUCAACCGAGGAGCCCUGCUUAUGAUUUACAACGGCUAUUUCAACCUUUGGGAAAGCAGGUGAUGUUACUUAAGAGGUGCAAAAACAUACAUAGCAUCAGCGAGCGGAACACUAAGCCAGCAUUUUCAGAAUGACAGCUUCUGUAUAUUUAGAAUGAUAGCCUUUGCAUACCUAAGUUAAACUUGUCUGUAAAGGGUGUAAGCACUGUUUCUACAACAUUGCAUGGUUCUACAGAGGCAUAGUAUGUAGCCAUUUGUGUUGAAUGAGUGUUGCGUCCUUAGUUUGUCUAAACUCACCAACUUAGUAGUUGGGUGUGUGUCUGUUGCACAGUGCUGUUUGGUGAUGUAAAUGUUUAGAAGGAUGCCAAAUAGGCAAAAAUGAAGUCCAGCAGAAUAGGUAAAAUGAUGUCCUGAGUUAACAAAUGCAUCACUGUUGCCGAGAGUCAAGGCUGGAAAGAAAAAAAAAGAGGAAACAUGUGUGAAAGACAAGCAGUGCAGCUGCUUUGGAAAAGUGCAACCAGCUCCCAGGGAUGUGUCCGGUCCAGGUAGUAGAUUCUUAAAGCCAGUUGACAUCCAUAAUAUAAAAUAAGCAAGUUAUAUUCCACUUCGAAAUGAAAGAUCAUGCAGCUUGCCUGGUGGUGAUCUACAUUGUCCUGGUGGCAAUAGUACAUCAAAUUAGGUCAACGGUUUUAACCGCCACCCAAACCGUGUUGUACUUAAACAGGAAAGAAAAAUGUUUCUUGACAACUAUUAUUGAUGCAUCCAACAGGGAAACUGGCUAAUGUGUCCUCUUCCCAGCACUCUGUUGGAACGCGCUUGGUUUGGGUCGGUGGGGGCCCUGUGUGCAAUACCUAGUGAUGUUAACAGUGGCAGUGCAUGGCCUCAGAAAUUAUCAGUGCACAGUAGGAUUUUCGUAGGGGCAACUACUGGUUUUCAUUCACGGGUAAUUAAAGAUUAAGGAAGAGGUGUGCUACCUGUAUUUGCAAUUUACUCUGCAGCAUACCGUAGUUAUUUCCAAGCACAAUGCUAACAUUGAGUGCUGGCACUAAUUUAUUGGCGAGCUUCGUUCUCUAUGUCGUUGCGUUUCAGUCAUUGAGAAAGUCGAGCGGGUGCAUGACCUACCGUUCCAGCCAGAGUUAAUAUUCGCCGUUAUUUUGGAGGAUCUUCACGCAUUACACAUGCCAGCCUUACGUUGCACCGAGGUUACUGAUAAGCUGUUGCUUACCUUGUAAAAAACAUCGCUAAGCUCGACAUGGUGAGGUCGUACUUUGAAGCAUUACACAAGUGUCUUGUUUGCCAUUUUUGUUUAACUGGUUGUUAGAUCGAAUACCAAUGAUGCACUGUACUCGUUGCAUGUACCAUGAGAAACUUGUACCAUGUCGUUGUCCGUUUAGAAAUACUGUGCCCACUCCCAGCAUUCUGCUUUUCCUUUUUUUGCUCACUAGGGGCAGGAGCUUGUGUGUAUGUUUACUUGAACAAAGGUGUCUGUAGCAGCUAACCCACUGUACACGAACAAGAAUCUAUUGAUUCCUUGGUCACAAAUUGGCAGCUAUAUGUGCUCCUGAUGCUUUUUUUAGCCAACUUUUAGUUUUGUCUGACAAGUUUUCUUUUUAAACCUAUUGUACAGAAAGGUCCUUGUUGUCUGGCAAGAAAAAAAAAAAAAACUGAAAGAAGGAAGAAAUAAAGUCUCUUUACAAGUGUG